UUUAAACGUCAUUUAUUCCACACGCUUCAGAGAUAGGCGAUGGUAGACCAGACAGAAAAAAAGUAACUCCGAGCCAGCCACGGGAUCUUCAAUCGCCGCGUAGGGCCCCAAUUUUCUUAAACGGUGGGCACAAGGGCUACAAUCGAGUUUCUCCCUCUUUAAUCCAGACUAAAAAAUAUGGACACCUUGACUCUUCGCGGCACGCUUGAAGGCCAUGGCAACUGGGUCACCGCCAUUGCCACCACCUCUGAAGCCCCUGAUAUGGUCUUGUCUGCUUCGCGUGACAAGUCCGUCAUUGUCUGGCACCUCACUCGUGACGAGGUGAACUAUGGUGUUCCCCGCAAGUCCUUGUUGGGCCACAACCACUUCGUCCAGGACCUUGCCAUCUCCUCCGACGGCCAGUUCGCCCUCUCUGCCUCGUGGGACAAGACCCUCCGUUUGUGGGAUCUUAACACCGGCACCACCACCCGCCGCUUCGUUGGCCACACCAGCGAUGUCUUGUCCGUCAGCUUCUCUGCCGACAACCGUCAGAUCGUCUCUGGCUCGCGUGACAAGUCCAUCAAGUUGUGGAACACCCUUGGUGAGUGCAAGUUCCAAUUGACCGAGGAUGGCCACAGCGACUGGGUCUCCUGCGUCCGCUUCUCGCCCAACCCUGCCAACCCCGUCAUCGUCUCGGGUGGUUGGGACAAGAUCGUCAAGAUCUGGGAUCUCACCAAGCUCAAGCUUCGCACCAACUUCAUCGGCCACAACGGCUACGUCAACACCGUCACCGUUUCCCCCGAUGGUUCGCUCUGCGCUUCUGCUGGCAAGGACGGCGUUGUCAUGCUCUGGGACUUGAACGACUCCAAGCACCUCUACUCUUUGGAGGCCGGUGAUGUCGUCAACGCUCUUACCUUCUCGCCUAACCGCUACUGGUUGUGCGCUGCUACCGCUUCCUCGAUCAAGGUCUGGGAUCUGGAGAACAAGUCGUUGGUUGAUGAGCUCCGCCCUGAAUUCAACCAGGUUGGCAAGAGAAAGGCCCGUGACCCCGAGUGUGUCUCCAUUGCCUGGUCCGCUGAUGGCAGCACUCUCUUCUCUGGUUACACUGAUAACCUCAUCCGCGUCUGGCAGGUGUCCCGCACCCUGUAAGAUUGGGGUUGUAUAAAAAAAGAGCUGUGAUUAUUUUUUUUCUCAUAAUUAAAACUGAUCAAAACACAAAAUUUUGCCUUUCUUUAUUGUAUCUUUUAUAAUUGGGUAAUUGAAUUGAAAAGGCGGAAUGGGAAGAGGGCUACGUUAAAAAGCGCUGAUGUGUACUUAGUAGUUUUUGCGCAUAUUGACGGGUACGUUGUCUUCAAACUCUUGUUUCGAAGAUUCGUAAAAGGACUUAUCAAGUAGAGUAUGUGCGGCAACCAUGGACAGGCUUUUGGCUGCCUCGAUGGUAGCCUUGUGCGCCUCUUCGGUGCACGUUGCAUUGGCAAAUCCAGCGGUAUGAGGG